AUGGCAUCUUCAUACAAAACGGCUCAGCCUCAACCUGGAUUGGUUCAUGAGUUCCGUCCCAACUUAACUGCGUUUGAGUUCCGCCCAGAGAAGUACCCUCAAAAGUCUGACAAGGUUGUGGUGUUUAUUGCCGGGUUGACAAACGGGUUAUUGAACGUACCAUAUUUGCCUCAAUUGGCCGAAGCUGUUGCGGAGCAAGGCUGGAACUUAGUCCAAGUUCUUUUAUCUUCUGCGUACCGGGGUUUUGGUGUCUCUUCAUUGGCCAGAGAUGUCAAAGAGUUGGGGUAUUUGGUUGAAUAUUUAAAAUCUGAGACUGGCGGCCAAAGAAAGAAGAUUGUUUUAAUGGGACAUUCUACAGGAUGUCAAGAUACGAUGGAAUAUCUUUCCAAGUUCAAAUUUAAUGACAAAUACCAGCCAGAUGUACAUGAUGUAGAUGGUGGAAUACUACAAGCACCAGUAAGUGAUGUUGAGGCCUUUCAAUUAACGCAUAAAAAUCUUGAAGAGUUAACCAAAAGAGUUCAUGAUGAAUAUAUUUCCCAAGGUAAGGGUGAACAUAUUUUACCUCAGGAAUUUAGAGCUGCAACUUUCAAUACUGCAAUAACUGCCAAUAGAUUUUAUUCUUUGGCUCAUCCAAGAGGGUCUGAUGAUUAUUUCUCAAGCUAUUUGAGAAACGAAGAUUACGCCCAAACAUUCGGUAAGUUGUCUGUGCCCAUUUUGGUACUUUAUGGCUCCAAAGAUGAGUUUGUUCCUCCUCUGGUUGAUAAGCAAAAGUUGAUAGAUACUUGGAAAGAAAAUGUCGCCGAUGAAAAAUAUUGGAGUCCCUAUUCCAAAGUCUUACCCGGUGCUCUUCACAAUGUAGGUCCAGGUUCCGAUGAAGGCUCGGUACUGGAAUUAAUUGAUACCGUUAAAAGGUUCUUGUCCACCUUUUAA